AUGAGGUCCCCCGGAAGAGUAGAAGAGCUGGUCGGAACGAGAUCCCACCCCACCCAUGCUGAUCGCGAACUCUCGAUAGAGGUUCAUGCCGUGUGUGGAUCGAGCUCCGGUCUAGUUGACCUUUCCUGUGAUCGAGACUGUGGUCUACGUGUGCGGUACGUUGGCUAUCGUGGUUCGGUUAGGGUGGCUAGUGCUCUUUUUGAACAUAACAUAAAAAGUCAAUUGCCGUCAUGCGGUCGGUGCGGCGAGCAUCAAUCCACCUUGCGCGUGACUUGCUUGCCUUUCACCAGUAACUCCACGGAAGCGUUUGGUCCUCUGCGCCUGAUUGCGUCCGCACUUUUAAAGAGAAGGUUUCGCCAACAAAGUAAAAGCGCUUGGCAUUGGCUUGCGUAUAGCUCCAUCCUACUAACCGGGGAUUUCAAACUCUUUAAAAAGAUACCCAUUCCUGGGAGGAACAAAGCGAAGCGAAGCGAAGUGGUAGAACGAAGCGAAGCGCAGUCAGCUCCUAAGUCCUGUGCGAAGAACUUCUUUUUCGCCAGGUUUCAUUCGAUUUGUUGUGGAUUAGAUGAUGGAAAAACCUGGGGCUAUCGUGUGCUCUCAGCGAGCCCCCUUCUCAAGAAGCUUCAAGUCGCUCAACCACCGACCGGGAGCCCUUGCCACAAGCAACCGGGCAAAGAAAGUUCCUGUCCCGGAAAAAGAAAAGAAGGUCACUCAAAUGUCUAUGACUGA